AUGGGAAUAUUUGUUUCCGGAGGAUUUGUCUCUCGUGGACGGAGCCAGACGCCCGCCCAAAAUGGCGGGAAAAAUACAGAUAGGUUUGACGAUGGAUCGAGUUCCGGAGGGUAUCUAAUCGACAACGCUCUCAGAGCACUAUCACGCCACUGGUUGGAAUGCUAUUUUAACAAGACAGCAAAAUAUGACAGUGUUCAUAUUCAGGCCAGGAGAUUGUUCAGUUUUGAAACUUAUGAUGUAUCUGAAAAUGACAAACUACUUCUGAAAGAAGCAGACAAAGGAGCUUGGAGAUUGCCGAUCUUACAAAAUGAGUACAAAGAUAAAGAGAUCGAAGAGUCAUCCUUUAAUCCAGAUUUUACGAAUAUCAAAGAACUUGCGACUGAAGAAAAAACAAAGCAAAAUAUAGAAAGAAGUCCCGAGGAAACCCGUUAUAAAACAUCGCAAAAUGAGAGGAGUGAAGAAAUAUACAGAAUUAAAAAGCGCAUGCGCCGUGAUGUGUUUGACUCAAUUCUAGUUAGAGAGGGGAUUAUGAAAAUUACUGAUGGCAUAGAAUGGACGGACGAUUUCCUAAAUAAGUCGUCAAGAGCGUAUCAACAAGUGGAGGAAAUAGUCCUCUCUGUGAUUGACUCACUUUUUAAGAACGGACCCAUUUCCAGUUACUUUUAUGGUUCCUACAUUAAGCAGUUCAAGAAAGGCAGUGUGAUAGUGCUUUUUUCUAUAGAAUUUAAAAAUGACACAAACAUCACACAUUCGGAUGAAACCAUCAACACAGCCUUCCACCAGGCCCUGCUGAACGCUAGCGCUUUUACUAACCUUACUUUAGAUGUCAACAACUCUAAGAUAGGCAAUCUUGACCCAGAGACCACAACUAGACCAUCCACCACGACAGAAUUAGCAACUUCCUCGACCUCAGAAUUUUUAUCAGAGUCACCCACUUCAAUAGAGGUAGAAAGCACUACAACAGAUAAUAAUAUAGAUUCAACGACAACACAACAACCAAUUAAAUCCUCAACAUCAACAGAUGUUCUUACCACUAAUACACAGUUUAGCCAAACAUCAACUUCAGAGGCAGCGGAAGCAGUUACAGCAGGAGAUGAAGCAGAAUCCACAUCAGAUAUAUUGCCAACUCUGUCAACAACAUCAACCAUAAAUGAAAUAUCAACAGAAGAACCUGGUGUUAUUACUUCAUCUGAAGAGCCUUCAACAACAAUUUCAUUAACAACAAAGGAAUUAUACGAACCACCCACAUCCCAAACAAAUGCACCCUUAGCAACAUCGACAGAGGGACACCAAAGCACUCAAAUAAUUGAAUCUACAACAAGAACAACAAAUUCAGCAACAACACCAACAGCAAAAUCAUCUACAACAACAAAAGCCACAACAGAAGCUAUUUUAUCCACACCAGCUGAGGCACAUGAAGCAACAGAAAUAUCUAAAGAAUCCACAGAAACAAGUGCAGUUACAAAAUUACAAACCACUACAACAUCAAAAGAACCACAUGUAAGCACUACAGCACCAGAAGUACCAAUUGUUACAAUAUCAAAAGAAUCAAUUGUCAGCAGUUCAACAACAGAAGUACCAAUCAGCACAAUUUCAAUAGAACAACCUGUAACUACCACAGCGAAAGAAUUACCAACAACCACAUCAAUAGAUCCACCUUUAACAACUUCAAAAACAGAAGUAUCAACCACAACCCAAACAUCAGAAUCUACUACAACGAAAGAAAAACAAACCAACAUAACAUCAACGGAUCCAACUUUUACUACAAAUUUAAAAGUAUCAACCACCACAGAAACUUCAGAAACUCAUACAACAGAAGAAGAACAAACCACCACAACAUCAUCAGAAUCACCCGUACCCACUUUAAAAAUUGAGGUAUCAACCACCACACCACCAACAUACACGCCAGAAACUACUACAACAAAAGAAGAACUACCCACCACUACAUCGCCAGAACCACACGUGACAACUUCGAAAAUAGAGGUUUCAACCACUGCACAAUCAAUAGAAACUCCAGAAACUACUACAAUAAAAGAAUAUCAAACCACCACAAUAUCAUCAGAACCACACGUAACAACUUCAAAAACAGAGGUAUCAACCACUAAACCAUCGACAAAAACUCCAGAAACUACUACAAUGAAAGAAGAUCAAACAACCACAACAUCACCAGAACCACACGUAACAACUUUAAAAACAGAGGUAUCAACCACUACACCAUCAACCGAAACUACUACAAUAAAAGAAGAUCAAACCACCACAACAUCACCAGAACCACACUUAUCAACUUCAAAAACAGAGGUAUCAACCACUGCACCAUCAACAGAAUCUCCAGAAACUACUACAAUAAAAGAAGAUCAGACCACCACAACAUCACCAGAACCACACUUAACAACUUCAAAAACAGAGAUAUCAACCACUACACCAUCAACAGAAACUCCAGAAACUACUACAAUAAAAGAAGAUCAAACCACCACUACAUCACCAGAACCACGCGUAACAACUUCAAAAACAGAGGUAUCAACCACUACACCAUCAACAGAAACUCCAGAAACUACUACAUUAAAAGAAGAUCAAACCACCACAACGUCAUCAGAACCACUCGUAACAACUUCAAAAAUAGAAGUUUCAACCACUACACCAUCAUCAGAAACUCCAGAAACUACUACAAUAAAAGAAGAUCAAACCACCACAACAUCAUCAGAACCACUCGUAACAACUUCAAAUGUAGAGGUAUUAAUCACUACACCAUCAACAGAAACACUAGAAACUACUAUAAUAAAAGAAGAUCAAACCAGCGUAACAUCGACUGAACCACCGUUAACUACUUCGAUAAAAGAAAUGCCAACCUCAACACCAUUCACAGAAACACCAAAAUCUUCUCUUUCCAAAGAAGAUCAAGCCACUAAAUCAUCAACAGAGUCACCUGAAACUACCACAAAAAUUGAAGAGCUAACUACCACUUCAUCAAUAGAGCAACCUGUGAUUUCUACUACAAAAGAAUUACCAACCAGCACGUCAUCAACAGAAAUACCUGUAAUUUCUACAUUAAAAGAAGUAAGUACUACACCAUCAUCAGAGUCACCUGGUACUAUGACAAAAUUAGAAGUACAAACCAUCACAACAUCAACGGAACCACCUGUUUCUACCACAAAAAUAGAAGUACCAACCACCACAUUAACAGAAACACCAGAAACCACUACAACGAUAGAAAUACCAACUACCACACCAUCAACAGAAACACCAGAAACUACUACAACGAUAGAAAUACCAACCACUACACCAUCAACAGAAACACCAGGAACUAGUACAACGAUAGGAGUACCAACAACCACAACAUCAACAGAAACACAAAGCAUUAAGUUAUCAACCACCACAACAUCAACAGAAACACCAGAAACUACUACAACGAUAGAAGUACCAACCAACACACCAUCAGCUGGAACACCAGAAACUACCACAAGGAUAGAAGAACCAACCACCACAACAUCAAUAGAAACACCAAAUACUACUACAGUGAUAGAAUUACAGAAACUUUUUGCAAUCGCUGAUAUUUCCCAAUAUAUCGCCAACAUAAGAAUAGAGGGCUUUAUAGAGGGCAGUCUCAUCGUGAAGUUUAAGGUGGCCUUCAUAAGUGUCCAUUUUGAUGCUUCCUAUCUGAAGACAACGCUGAAUACUGCUUACUAUUCAGUCUUCGAACCUCAAUAUAAACUUAGAGAUGAGUUUACACAGUUUUCAGCAAUUGACCAUUGCCUCGGUAAUCCAUGUUCGUCCUUGGCUACGUGUAAGAGUCUCUCCACCAGCUAUCAAUGCCUCUGUCCUGAAGGUUACGUUCUCAGUAACAAUCAGUGCCAAGACGUGAAUGAAUGUAUAGAAUUCCCAUGCGGUACACACUUUAUCUGUAACAACACGAUAGGACGUUACUCAUGUUCUUGUGAGAAAGGCUUCAUCCUCACUGGAGACAGAUGCGAAGAUAUCGACGAGUGUUUGGUAAAUGAUGCUUGUCCUCAAAACUCAAACUGCAUCAACCUAGAAGGCAGCUAUGUGUGUGCUUGUAACAGUGGAUUUACAAAGAAGAAUGACCUUUGUAUAGAUGUAAAUGAAUGUGAAGGGAAUGUCUGUCCAGAACAUUCUGUUUGUCACAACACGGAAGGAAGCUACAUCUGUAAUUGUGAGACAGGAUUUGUCAGCAGCAAUGGUGUCUGUGUUGACAUUGAUGAAUGCUCUGUUAUACCAAAUCCUUGCAAAGAGAACAGUGUGUGCAUAAAUACCAUUGGUAGUUUCCAGUGCACGUGCAUUCUAGGAUACGUUGACACCGGGGAAUCCUGUAAAGAUAUAAAUGAAUGCAACAAUAAUGUGUGCCCUGAUCACUCUGUGUGCAAAAACACAGUUGGCAGUUAUAAAUGCACCUGUGACCCAGGCUAUGUAAUGACAAAAGGUAUCUGUCAAGGUACGUAUACAUUGAAAAAAAAACUCUGUUUGAUAGUAACUGAACUCAAAGAAAAUCACGAGCUUUAGUAUUGUUCUCUGUAUUUAGACGUGAAUGAAUGUAUCAACGAUCUCCACAGCUGUCCUGCGAUGUCGACAUGUAUGAACACUGAAGGGUCGUACCACUGCAGGUGCAAUGAAGGUUACUUCCAGUCUGGACUUCAAUCUUGUACAGAGAGCAGUAUCUAUAAUCUUGACAUGAGAGUACAAAAAGUGAAUGGAAGUGAAGCUGGAUAUUCAACCUUAUUGAAUGACUCCAGCACAAAUGAAUUCAAAACAAUGGCAGCGAGUCUCGCACAAGUAACUGAUCAUGUUAUACUAGAUUCACCUAUACAUCAAGGUUACCUGGGAACUUCAUUUUAUAUGUUUGAACCAGGAAGCAUUGUAUCCCACGGCAAUUUAUACUACGAACCGGGAAUCAUAUUAUCCUCUGCUGAAACUGAUAUUUUUGCCUCCAAUUCCACCUCAGCUUAUCUACAAUAUUCAGUUGAGUUAACUGAGCUUAAUUUAACAGAUGUUAAUGAAUGUUUGGACCAGGAUUUAAAUGACUGCUCUGAAUAUGCAAAUUGUACAAACACACCUGGAAAGUAUAAUUGCACCUGCUUCUCCCAAUAUCUGGACAUAUCAAAAGAUUCUACAAAACCAGGAAGAAUAUGUGCUGCAAUCAGUGACCAAAAUAGGGAUCCUAUCCGUGGUCUAGUGGUGGAAAUUGAUAGAACUCAUUAUAUAGCAUCGGAAACUGCCGUUUUUACUAUUCGCUUGUCCCGUGGUUCCCAUGUGACCUACAAUAUUUCUUACGGAGAUGGCUCGACAGAGCGACGUGCUUAUAGUGAAAUAUUGUCUUUUCUCUCAACAUCUGUUUUUACUCAUGAAUAUACUACUGCUGGAAUGUACAAUUCGUCUGUUUUGGCAGUAAACGAUGUAAGCCAUGAAAGACAAUCGGUAAUAAUCACAGUCGUUGAUGAUAUAAAAAAUUUAAAUUUGACGCACACGUCCACAAAUUCUACAUAUGAUGGACAAAAGAGAUUUGAACUGAAAACACCAAAAACCCUACGAAAUAUAAAAGUAGAAUGGGACUUUGGAAAUGGAUUUGAACAACAGAAGCCAAUGUCAGUGUUUUCUAGUUCUCUUCCAUUGACAGUGGAUCAUUACUACAGCGUUGGUUACAGAUUUGUAAAAGUAAAUAUAUCGAAUGAAAGAACUAACCAAGUGAUCGAGGAAAAAUUUUACAUCGAGGAGAAAAUCUCCGGUUUAGAAGUCACCUGUAGUUCUUACAUCACAGAACCCCUGAAAAGUCUACAUUUAAAAGUAAGAUUUCAAACAGGGUCGAAUGUGACUGUGCACAUAAGUUAUGGAGACGGAAAUGAAUUACAAUCAGUUCUCAAUAACAAAUUGAGGGGCGAAUUUACGAAUUACUAUCCCUUUGUUUAUUCAAAUGUUGGGAAAUACAAUGUUUCAGUGAGGGUCUGGAAUACUUAUUCUGAAAUGAAUGUUACAUCUCCCUACAUUUAUGUAGAAACUCCCAUAAAUAAUCUUCUUCUGUCGACCGAAAGUGUUGUGGCCUUGCCAUCAGGACAAGUAAAACUUUUGUUAUCCUUUACCGGAAGUGAGUUGGAACCAUGUUGUAUGAAUUGUAGCACUUACAUAAAGGGCAUUUAUCAGCGAAUAGAUGAAAUAGCUCUGAUUGAAAAAGACAAACCGACAGAAAUAUCAGUUGUUUGGCAAGAUGACAGUGAUGUUGGCACAACAGAUAUAGAGGUUUUUUGUAAAAAUAAGUUAGGGAAUAAGACCUUUAAAACGUGGACAACCUUUCAAAGAAAGAUUGAACAGGUUUACAUAAGUACAAGCCAAACAUCCAUUCGUGUUGGUGGGAGCAUAAGUGUUAAAUUUGACAUCGGUAUAGGAUCUCACAUUCAGUAUCAGUACAACUUAGGAAAUGGUAUUAAGGACAGUGUUAACCUCCCAAGUAGCCUCGUUACAAACCAUUCGGUAAGUGUGACUUCCAGCUAUCAACAAAUGGGCGUAUAUGAAAUAAAAUUCAAUGUAAGCAACCUUGUUUCCUCCGUUAUAAAGAAUGUAAAAGUCAAAGUUUUGGAGGAAAUUAAAGGUUUGAAAUUAUCCCGAUAUUACAAAGUAUCCGAUUUGACUGAAACCACACAUCAUGGACAUGGUUCAGACGGUGAUAUCUUUCCUUUGGAGCGUCCUGUUAUUUUCGAAGCCAUAGUCAGUAGUGGAAACGAAAUAAUUUACACUUGGACAUUUGGAUCAGAAAACGGAUAUGUCACCAGUGAUGCUAAAGUAAUGUACAAAUUUCAAUAUGUGGGAUCUCACCUGAUAUCUGUUAACGUAAGCAAUGGUUUGUAUUUUGAAUAUGAAGAAUUCAAUAUUACUCUUGAAGAAAUUGUGAAUCCAUAUUCAUUGAAAAACAAUGGACCAAAGAUGGCAUUUGAUCUGAUGACAUUUACUUUGAAGCUGUCAAACCCGGGAACAAACCCUUGCUAUCUUUGGUUUAUGGGGGAUUUUUCAACCAUAAUCAUUUAUGGUGAGACUGUAUGUAAGGAAAAAGCUGCAUUAAAUAACUAUGAAUAUAGACCGUGGAACGUUUCCAAUGAAAUACGCCAUCAGCACAUGUACAAAUCAAAUGGAACUUUCAGUGUGAAGGUUACAGGCUUUAAUCUUGUAUCUAGUCAGAGCAUCAACGACAUAGGUGUGAUCACAGGCGUCAAUUGUUAUUACCCUAUUGUUCAUAUCAUUGGUGGUGGACAAAGAAUAGAUGAACCUGUCGCUAUGUACAGAUCAGAAUGGAUCAAUCUAGAAAGUUCCGCAGAAAUUAACUGCCCCGCGUCUAGUGGUCCAGAAUAUCACUGGAAAAUAUUUAAAAUACAGCAGGGAGAUACGUACCUCAAUAGAGUGUUUAAUUCAUAUGAAGUUUCUACUUUCAUUUCUACUGAUCAUUUCAAAAUAUUAUUUCCGCCUAUAACAUUUUCACCAGGGCUUUACCGAAUAAGCUUAAACGUUUCCAUGAUUGGGAUCCCGGGUAUGUUUUCUGAACACUACACAUAUCUGAACAUUACAAAAACUCCCCUUGUCGUACGAAUUUCCGGUGGAACAGCAAGAAACAUUGGAUAUGAUUCAAGUUUGAUACUUAAUGCGUAUGAAAUGACAUACGAUCCAGAUUCACCAACAACUUCAAAUUUUACAUAUGAAUGGAGAUGUCGAAAGGAAAAUGAGGUUUACCCUUCGGUGAUGGAUUAUGUGGCCAUUCCAACUUUAGACGAAGCUUUAAAUCAGACAAGACAUAGUGGAUGUUUUGGAACAGGUAUAGGAAAACUUCCCAUUUCAUCUGGAAUAAUCAAAGUAUCAACAUUGCUUCUUGAUCCGCAUUCGAAAAAUGUCUUUGAAGUACAUGUUAAGAAAGAUACACGGGAAGGCACAUUUCAACAGAUGGUGGAAGUUAUUGAAGGAGAUCCUCCACUCAUUCAGAUUUUAUGUGUGGAGAACUGUAAUUCCAAAAUGAAUCCUUCGAGUCCCUUCAGUGUCCAAGGAAAAUGUCUCUCAUGUAAUUUAUACGAAAAAGUUGAAUAUAAAUGGUCUUUAUUGCUUGAGGAGUCUGAAGAGUUUCAAGAUGUCGAUGAACUGGACUCGCUCUUGGUUACAGAUACAAAAUCAUCAGUUCUUGUUUUCAAAUCGUCCACUCUGGUUGGUGGGAGAACAUACCGACUACGAUUAUCGGCGAGUGUCUAUGGAUAUACUAAGAGUUUCACUGAAUAUGAAUUCAUAACAAACCUACCGCCCUAUGGGGGAUCAUGUGGUAUUAAUCCGACGUCUGGGUAUGCUUUGGAAACAGAAUUUAUUAUAAGCUGUAAUGAUUGGGUGAACCCUGGUGAAGAAGAAAGCAAAGGAGCAGGACUACUUUAUCGAUUCUGGUCAAAGCUUCGUGGUCGUCUGGACACUCAGCUUUUGUACUAUGGCACAGAUCCGUACACUCCGGAUACUAAAUUUCCUCUUGGUCCAGAGGAAAGUGACUUCUUACAUGAUGUGGUUGUACGAAUAGCAAAUCCAAUCGGAGAGUACGUUGAAACAUGGCUCAGUGUGAAGGUAUCAAAACCUAUAAUAAAAAACGAAGUAAGUGAGCUUAUUUCACUCACAUCAGGACAGGAUAGUACGCUCGAAAAUCUUCUUUCUUCUGGAAAAACACAAGAGGCCAAACAAGUCAUUGUAGCUGUAGCAUCAUUGAUUAAUACUUCUCCAACAGAGAUUGGAAUAUCGCGAGCGUCGGUCAUAAAAUCUAAUGACAAAGUUAUUUCAACCACUACCACAAGCGUCACGACAAAAACAACAACACCAAUUCCGGGUACCACGAUUGUUUCUUCAGAUCUACCACUUACUGAAGAGUAUGAAAAUAUUACUACAGUUAUGCCAACACUUUCAAGCACAACUCCAAAAACUACGACACUGAAAAUAACGUCAACAAUUACAAUAUCCACAACAUUACCAACAUCAACUGAACACCUCACCACCUACAUUGUUGGAACGACUGUAGAUCCGGUAGAGGUCGAAGCUGAAAGACAGAGAAAAGAGGAAGAAGAAAAGAAGAAAAGGAUACAGCUUCGAGAGUCACUCUUGACAACACUCUCCACCGAGACGACGUCCUUAACUUUGGAUUCUUUACAGCAAACGGCCCUUUGCUUCAGAGUUGUAACCCACGAAUCAUCUGAGUUGUCUGAAACAUCACAAGAUAUAGCAGUAAACGCGAUGUCAAAUGUAGCCAACUCUUUCCAAAAAAUUGUCAGUCAAUCGCAAACAGAUUCUACAAUUCAAAAAUAUAGUGCUGCAGAAGAUAUUCUGGCUUGCUUGAGCUCUGUUAUUAUUGCUGCCACUGGAGACGAAUUAUCAGAGAUUCAGAAGAUAAAUGAAAAAGAAGGGCUUCUGGAGGAGGAGCAGGGUGACUUAACAGUCCAACAAACCACAACUACUACCACCACCACUACACCAUCACCAAACAUUGGAACCACAGAGGCACCGGGGACAACGAAAUCCCCAGAGCAAAUAAAACUGGAAACGAAACAAAAAGUUCGAUCAUUGGCAACCAAGGUGUUUGAUGUUGCGGAGGUAGUUUACAAAACCAUCAUUCAAGACCGUGUCCCUGGGGAGCCUCCUGUUGUUCUGGAGUCCCAGCUGUUCACUAUAGUAGCUGAAAGACUGGCCGUAAAUGCUGUUAACAACACUCAUCUGGAUACCUCCACAGGAUCUUUCCAGAUGCCCACAAUGGACACGAUAUUAUCUCAGAACACUUCAUACGUAGAUUCAAAGGUUCUGAGCUCCAAAACAAACCCAUAUGUGUGGGACAAUUCUGCAAAAUUCAUCAACACCCCGGUCCUGACUUUAAACUUAUAUGACAGCGAGGGAAAAGAAAUAGCUGUGAAAAAUCUUAAUGACAGCAUUAUGAUUGAUAUCAGUGUUGAUUCCUCAAAACUGAAAAUAUCACAAAUUAACUUUCCGCUGACUUCAAGGGAGAAAUUGUCCUACCAUUACUUUACUGUUAGGUCCAAUAUGUCUUCUGUUCACAUUGUCGUAAAACCAGAAGACUCUGAAACGAAGUUAGAAUGCUACGUAGGUGUCAGUAGGCAGCCGACAAUAGACAAUUAUGAUUCUAACUUCACGAUUCCAAGAGAGCUGACCUACAGUGUUCCGGAUGCUCAUUUGAGACAUGAACUGGAACAUACGAUAUUUCUCUCUCCUGAGUAUGUCCAAGAACGAGGCAUUGGUGAUUACUAUCUUGGAGUGCGCCCUGUUUACAAUGAAACAGAAGAGGAGGAGUACCCUAAUUAUGACGACUAUUAUUCAGAUUACGGGAUAGUAACACCGCCGGAUCUUCUGAACUAUACCAUUAGUUUUGUUACUUCGGGGUGUUUUUAUUGGGAUGUUGAUUUCGAUAAAUGGGUGUCAGACGGAUGUCAGGUCAGUUAUCUUUCAAACUCCAACUACACCAGAUGUUUAUGUAACCAUCUGACGUCAUUUGGCUCUGAUUUCUUUGUUCCUCCAAAUACAAUAAACUUCAUGACAGUUUUUAACGACUUUGAGGCAAAAUUGAGGGACAACUGGGCAGUUUUAGCUGUGCUUUGCUUGAUGUAUUUCCUUUACACGGUUGGAUUAAUCUGGGCUCGGUAUAAAGAUAAAAGAGAUGUCAUAAAGUGGGGUAUAGCACCGUUAGCUGAUAAUGUUGUGUGUGACAAAUUCUUCUAUCAGCUGACUGUUUGCACAGGGAUGCGCCGAGGAGCUGGUACUAAAUCAAAAAUCAGUUUUGUUUUAGCUGGUGAAACUCAGGAUACUGGGGUUAGGGAACUUAUAGACGAAAAGGGCAUUAAGACAUGCAGUCGCGGUAGUAUAAACAACUUCGUUCUGUCAACAUCUGAGUGGCUGGGUCCUUUAACUUUUAUAAGGAUCUGGCAUGACAAUAGCGGGGAAGGAAAGUAUCAAGGAUGGUACCUCAGUAAAGUUAUUGUAACUGAUCUUCAAACAUCGGAAACAUACUGUUUUUUAUGUAAUCGUUGGUUGGCAGUAGAGGAAGACGACGGUAUGGUUGACAGGCUUCUUCCGGUUGCAAGCAAAGAGGAUAUGACCAACUUUCAAAACCUCUUUAUGACAAAAACCAAGAAAAGCUUCACCGAUUCUCAUCUUUGGAUCUCCGUAUUUAGUCGACCUCAUCGAAGCACUUUCACGCGCGUACAGAGAUUGUCUUGCAUUCUAUCACUUGUCAUGACUACCCUGAUGGUGAAUGCCAUGUUUUAUCAAGCGGAAGAUAAAGUGAAAAAUAAAGAAUACUUGUCAUUCGGACCAUUUGAAUUUUCUUUGAGUGGAAUAUACAUAAGCUUUGUCAGUAGUAUGAUUGUUCUACCAAUAAAUAUUAUUAUUGAUCAGUUGUUCCGAAAAUCGAAACCGAAGCGGAACAGAAUCACCAAUGCGUUUAUGGGUAAAAAUGUUCAGCCACUGGCAGCUCUAUCACAAAUCAAACUGCGACCGUGGUCUCCUCCAGAUGAGACAAAAUUAGAAGACUACACUGAUAAACCAUACUUGCGACCAGACAGUGCAAACAGUACUUAUUCCAUGCAUUCCGAUUCUGCUCUCAUAGAAAAAAGAAAGAAAAAUAGUGAAAUUGCUGUUAUAAGCAAUCCACAUAUAAAACCUUCUAAGAAAAAAUCCAAGAAAUUCAUGCUGCCACAUUCGUGUGUUUAUGUGGCUUAUACACUUGUUUACAUCUCGGCAUUACUGUCAUCAUUUAUUACAUUUCUGUACAGCAUUGAGUGGGGGAAGGAAAAAUCUUUAAGCUGGUUGUCAUCAAUUCUGUUAUCCAUUUGUGAAUCUGUGAUAGUGAUCCAACCAUUUAAGAUCAUUCUUGUUGCCAUGCUAUUAUCAAUCAUACUGAAGAAACCAGAUAUUGAAGAGGAAACAGAAACGAGUGAAGAAUCUCAGAUGAACAACCAGUUACUGUCUGAUGAAGAACUGUUGUAUAAGAAUCAUGUCAAAUCUGAGAGACCGGCAUUAAAAAUUGAACCACCUGACAAAGAAAAACUGGCCGAAGCCAGAGAGAAAAGAAUGAAGGAGAUUGCAAUGUUUGAGAUUGUUCGGGAAAUUGCCUUCUACUUUGUGUUUGUGGCUCUUAUUGUACUGGUGGCUAGUCAUAACAGAGAUAAGAAGGCGUACCCAUUGAAAGAGGCUCUGGAUAAUAUAAUAUCUAUCAACAAAGUUAACAAACGAAGCCAUGUGCCAGACUUUUGGAAAUGGUUACUUGAAAUACUGUUACCCAGACUGUACAUUUCAAAACAGUGGAACAAUAUGCCUGUUGAUGAUAGUGAAAGACGUAUGAUAGCAACAAGGGUAGCAUACAGAGUUGGUCCAGUGCGUAUUCGCCAACAACGCGUACGACAAGAGGAAUGCAAUGCUGUUCCAAUGAUGUAUAAAUUUAUCGAAACAUGCAGCCAGGAAUGGUCAGUGACGAUGGAAGACGAUGCAACAUACAUGGAAGGCUGGACGAGUUCAAAGGCCAAUCAUUCCACCAUGCUUAUAAACUACCCCUGGAAGCACCGCUCCCUGUUUGAUGAUGCUGGACUUCCCUUUUCGGGAGAAUUUGGUAUUUACACAGGAGGAGGAUAUAUCGCUGAUUUGAUUGGAGAUCGAGAAAGAGCUAUGAAGAUUGCCGAAGGUUUAAUGUUGAAUAAUUGGAUCAAUCAAUAUACAAGAGCAAUUUUUAUAGAAUUUACCGUUUAUAACCCUUAUGUUAAUAUGUUUUCCAACGUAUUUAUCGCAUUCGAGAUGCCGACAAUGGGAAAGAUGAUGAUAAAGGAAUCUGUUAAAACAUUUCGUUUGUUUUCUUAUCUUGGAGGAUACGGGGUAUUUGUUGUGCUUUGUGAGCUCUCUACAUUGGCCAUCGUGAUCUACUUCAUUGUUAGAGAAGUAAAAGUUAUUAAACAGCAAAGAAAGAGAUAUUUAAAGAGUUUCUGGAAUUGUCUCGAGAUCUUUAAUAUGAUUUGCGCCGUGGUAGCUGUGUCCAUGUACAUUGUCCGGCAUAUGAUAACACAACUCGCAAUGCAUUCAGUGAAGAAAUUAAGAGACAAGUUUUACAACUUUCAAAAAGUUGCUAUGUGGGACGAGGUCUUCGGAUAUUUCAUGGCUUUUACAAUUUUCGUAUCCAUCAUCAAACUUCUUCACUUAUUUCGUUUUAACAAAAGGAUGUCUAUGAUCGCAGGAACAUUGAAGUACUCAACAAAAGAACUUUCAGCUUUCUCUGUUGUCAUUAUUAUUCUGAUCGUUGCUUUUGCAUCGUGGGGAUACAUUAUGUUUGGUCCAAAGAUGUUUCAGUACAGAAAUAUGUUCCAAUCAAUCGAAACAAUGUUGGCUUUUGCGCUGGGAGACUUUGAUUACCUGGCCUUGGAGAGAGUCAAUCGCGUGUUUGGACCAAUAUACUUUUUUACAUUUAUUCUAUGCAUCAUGAUUGUUUUGUUAAACGUUUUUGUUACAAUUCUCAACGAAUCUAUUUCGGCUGUAAAAUCCGACAUUUCCAAACAAUCCAAUGAGCACGAAAUUGUUGCAUUCAUUUGGGGCCGUUUCAAAGACUGGAUUGGCGUUGACUUUGAUAAAUUCUUCGCUGAAGUCAAAAGAAAAUAUAUGCUUGGUUCUGGAAAAAGAAAGAAGAAAGAAAAGGCGGAAGACAUUGAAGAAAAACUUAGAGAUAUUUCAAAGCGGCUAGAACAGCUGGGUAAAUACGACGCAUCAAGAACGGACCAUCCACCCCCGGAUAUGAGCUCGAGACAAAUGGAUGACGUCACAAAAGAACUGCUCUUCACGCGACUCUUUCCAACUAUGAAACACCAGAAGAUUACUCUUCAUUAAUGAAAGUCUCGUUCCAAGAGAUGCGUAAAAAAGAAACUGAUCCAAUUUAAAGUGUUGGAAGAAACUUAAUUGAACAUUCAUUAAAUUAAAAUAAUCUGUUUGAAUUGUUAUGAUUGAAACAAAUGUAAUGUAUUAUAUUUUAUGUAUAUGUCUUUGAGAUAAACAUAUAUUUUACAUUACUUAGUUUUACAGUUGUUAAACUUAUCUGUGAUUAUAGUUGUUAGUUAAAGAGCGCUGUUUAGACUGAAUAUUAUUAAAAGUUGGGCCACGGAUAAAUUGAGAAAUACUUGUUGCUGUAUUUUAAAUAUAUUUAAAAUUUAUAAUCAUUACUCAUUUAAAGCUGAACACUACUCGUAAAAAGGCACAUGCCAUAUUAGUUUUCCUGUCUCUGAUAUCAGCACUGUGGUAUACCCUUCGAAUUCAUUACACCUGACUGCUUUCUUGUCACAAGUGCCUGCGUGAAAUGGACUACAUGAGUUCUUGUUGGUUAUCUUACAUUAUCUUUGUUUACAUGUUACUGCUUACGUGUAUUUGUAUUUGUAUGUACUGCACUGACCUGUGCAACUGAGGUAAGUUUCCUUGGUAUCUUUCUCUUCUGUUUUGGAAAAAGCGCAUAGUUACUUUUGUCGCUUACGAGAGUUUUACAAUAGCUAUAUAGAAUACCUCAGUCCACACCCGUGAAAACUGAUUAUACUGAACCCGACACUAAGUGAACGGCUUAUAUAGGGGUCGUACAGCUAAAGAAAAUGCAGAGUAAUAUAGCAGACAAACAUAGAUCUCUGCCUUUUACGAAUCGUGUUCAGCUUUAAGCAACAUGCUACUAAUGUUGUACUGAUGCUUCUUGAUGGCCCAAAUCUAGGUGUAAAAUUAGGUCAAAUUCAGUUUUGUUGAAAAUAGCAUAUUUUAUGGUUACAACUUUUAAUCCAAUUUAUCACUUUACAAUGUUAACAGCUCUCCCGUCACAUACUUUCAUAUGUUAUACGCCAUGUUAACAUUUAAAAAAUUAGUCAAAUGUGUAAAUGUCUUAAGAUGACUGUCACUGGCAGAGAUUUUAUUGCCCAAAGAAAAAGGUUAAGUCUGAAUAAUGACAAUCGAAUACCCGCAAAGGCCAUUAUGAAUACUGCUAUUCUUUUAUGAGCAUGUUACGAUAGCUGAUAAAAGAUCUAAUAAACAGUUUAUUUUUGAUUUUAAAAUAUGGUGAUUUUCUUGAAAUUAACAUUGUAUUGUAUAGUUCGUUCAAUUAUUUCAUGAUUUAUGUUAGAGUUAUCAAAUUUUUA